GACUUGGUGAAGCGAGCCGAUCUCAGCGGGCGGCGGGGACUUAUUCGCAAGCCGAUUGACAUGUUCCGCCCGCGAUAUGCUGUGCACGUCUUGCCGAAGUCGCAGAAGCAAAACGAGCACGUGUCACGCAGCAAAACGGCAGAGAACGAAAUCGUGCACGUUU